AUGAAACUCCAUUCCCUUAUUUCUGUUCUCCUCCUCUUUGUGACUUUAAUACCAAAAGGAAAGACUGGCGUUAUUCCAGGACAAAAACAGUGUAUUGCUUUGAAAGGGGUGUGCAGAGACAAAGGCUGCAGUACACUAGAUGAUACCAUUGGAACAUGUAAUGAAGAAAAAAAAUGUUGUAGAAGGUGGUGGAUACUUGAGCCCUAUCCAACUCCAGUUCCCAAAGGAAAAUCUCCUUAA